AUGACUCGGAGCGCUUCUACUCAAGUGCAGAUGCCCCAGUUUGGUCCUAGAGACGUUGCUGAUAUAGCAGGGCAACAGGAUGAGAUUCUCAUCAGAGCAACGCCGCCGCCGCCGCCUCCGGAGGAGUCAGUUACCAGGGCAACGCCGCUACCGUUCGAGGAUAGCUUGUCUACGCCCCAGCAGGAGGAGGAGGAGGAGGAGGAGGAGGAUCCAUUCGUUCUACCUGCCUCCACAGCUCCUGCCCUGUUACAGACGAAUGCACGGCCAAAACGGGCUAGAGGACCUACCCUGGACUAUAAGGCUAUGCACGAGGGCAAGCAGAAUCAGCCGAAACGAGGCAAAUAG